CUCCAAAGCACCGCAGCCUGCCUCUCCUCCUCACCUCAAACACACAUCAUGGCAGCCGCAUCAACAAACCGCCUACGGCUUCUCUACACCUCCACGAGGGCCUCCCUCCCUCAAUCCACCCCCAGCAUCCUCACAACCCGCACCUACGCCACGACCGAUUCCUCCACCUCCGCCACCAGCACCCCCAAACCACGCCGCCGCACCGCAUUCACAGACAAGCUCAACGCCGGCCCAUCCUUCGGGGAUUUCGUUUCCGGCAACAACGACAAUGCACCCCUCAUCGACCCUUCCGAAGCCUACGCUCUUGAAACCGCUCUCGUCGGCCCCGCCGGCCGCAAAAAGCAAAUGACCCGUCUUCCACCCUGGUUGAAAACCCCCAUCCCCGACUCCAAGAACUACCAGCGCCUCAAGAAAGACCUGCGCGGCCUGAACCUCCACACUGUCUGCGAGGAAGCCCGCUGCCCCAACAUUUCCGACUGCUGGGGCGGCGGCGACAAAGCCGCUGCCACCGCUACCAUCAUGCUCAUGGGCGAUACCUGCACCCGCGGUUGCAGUUUCUGCAGUGUUAAAACGAGCCGGAGGCCCGCUGCGCUGGAUCCCCAUGAGCCGGAGAACACGGCCGAGGCCAUCUCCCGCUGGGGGCUGGGAUAUGUGGUGCUUACGAGUGUGGAUCGUGAUGAUCUUGCGGAUGGCGGUGCGCGUCAUUUCGCUGAGACGGUGCGCAAGAUUAAGUCCAAGGCGCCUAGCACCCUUGUUGAAUGUUUGACGGGUGAUUACCGUGGUGAUUUGGAUAUGGUGGCGCUGGUGGCGAACUCGGGUUUGGAUGUGUAUGCGCAUAAUAUUGAGACUGUUGAGGCGCUUACCCCCCGUGUCCGCGAUCGCAGGGCUACCUUCAAGCAGAGUAUUGCUGUGUUGGAGGCGGCGAAGAAGGCCAACCCGGAGGUUAUUACGAAGUCUUCGUUGAUGUUGGGACUUGGGGAGACUGAGGAACAGUUGGAGCAUGCGCUGGCGCAGUUGCGUGCUGUUGAUGUCGAUGUCGUUACUUUCGGGCAGUAUAUGCGUCCGACGAAGAGGCAUAUGGCUGUGCAUGAGUACGUUCAUCCGAGAUGGUUCGAGCAUUGGCAGCGUCGUGCUGAGGAGUUGGGUUUCCUCUACUGUGCUUCUGGACCGUUGGUGCGCAGUUCUUAUAAGGCUGGUGAGGCGUUCAUUGAGAAUGUCUUGAAGAAGAGGCGCGCCGGGGUUAGUGAUGCUGUUGCCGAGAAGAAGGUUGCUGCUGCUGUUGAUGAGGCUGCUCGUUGAGCUUUAGCAUAACCUUUUCUCUUCGAGCUUUGUACGAUUUCUGUGUUUGUCUUUCGGUCUAUUGGCGCAGGGUUGCAUUAAAUGGGGCUUAUACUGUGGUUGUUUCGAGCUUUUGGUUUUUCAAAACUUUGUCUACUUACGGACGUCAUCAACUACUACUUCUAUUAGCAUUGCUAGGGUUCAUUAGCAAUUGGCCUGGGAUGAGCGGGACGGGCUGGCUGUCUCAAUCAUUCACUACAGAGUCGCGAAUAGAAAAAUACUAAUUCAACAU